CUAAACUUUUCUUACUUGCUAUUGGCUGCCGUCGGUGUCGGUCGACCUGCUUCCUGUUUCACGGUUCAGUUUGUUAUUGAAGUGGGAGCUCCUUUAAAUGAGUGGAAAUGUUGACGGUGGGAGCUGAUGAACUUGGGAAAUGAGGGGUUUUAUACCUUUGUGAAACUGCGACAUAUAAAACACCGUAACAUGUCAGGGGCUCACGAGCAGACCAGGAAGCGCCGCCCCUCCAAAACCUUCUUGAUCUCGACCGACCUGAAGGUCCAGGACCAGCUGGAAGGUACCAUCCGCCUGCAUCAGGGGUACAUCUGCCAGGAGCAGGACUCGGGCAAGCCCAGAGCCGACAGCCUGUGGGUCAAGGUGUUAGACAAUGGCUUCAUGCUAAAAAUAGAGAGGAGGUUUCUGGUUGACAUCCCGAGUGAGUUCAGUGGCCUGUUGGAGGCUGUACCUGACCCGGAGGCCCGUCUGAAACUCCUAAGCUAUCCUGGGAAGUUGCAGCAGCUGGCUGCUUUGCCGAUGAAUGCCCCUCUGUGGGUCCAAACAGGUCAACAGAACGAGCUGGCAGAGGCAGAGCUUAAAUACUUUGGGCCACUCACCAGAGGGAGCUACGCUGUUUAUUUUGGGGUACAGCUCAAGGGUUCAGCUGCGGGUAAAGGAAUAAGCAAUGGUUCUUUUAAGGGCCAGCGGUUCUUCACCUGCCCGGACGCCUGUGCCCUUUUCGUUCCAGUAAAUCAAAUUCGCAUCCGACACUGGUCUCGCAGCAACGGCUCAGACGGACACGAGCGAUCCCGUGAGCGGGAGCAGCAGCACCGCAGCAGCAAUGGUCACCAAAGCAACGACCACCCCAUUCAUCAGCUGCAGCAGCACAGUCGCCACAGUACUCACCAGCACCGGCCCAGCAGCCCUCCUCAGCUGACUCCUAGUAUCAUCCCGCGAACAGCGGAGUCGGCGCCAUUCAGUGCUCAAACUCCCACGUCACCUGCUCUUUUCCCUGUUGGACAGCGAGUUUGUUUUCCUGACGGGGACUCUGUCCGUGGAGGGGAGGUGCAUUUCUGUGGUCCCCUGCCUGGACGCGUCUCGUCUGGAAUGUAUGUCGGAGUUCUUCUGGAUUCUCCGCAUGGUAACUGGAACGGGCACUACAAGGGAGAGAAGCUCUGCCACAUUCCUUCCCCUGCCUACGGACAGCUGCUGCCAGUCAACAAGGUUUCCUCAGAGUCAAAAUUCCAUUCUCACCCGAAGCCCAUCCUGAAGGCCGCCCUGCCUACUGUAAACAAACCAGGUCCUACGUCUCCAACUUCUCCCAAGGUCGCCCUGAUGCCCCCCACCAAACAAGCGCUUAAAUUGGCACCGGCGCCGCCACCAAAGCCGACCCAAACGGCCCUGCCUCCUCCCCCCCUGCCACCACCCAAGCCCAGAAGCCCACCUUCAUCCGCUGUCGCAGAGCAGCUGCAGCACAGCAAUGGCGUGCACAGCCCGCCCUCGCCGCUGAUGUCGCCAGAUAGCGUGGAUGCUGCCAGGGAGAACGACGAGGAGGGUCGGCUGGAGGUCGGCUCCAUGGUCGAAGUGAACGAUCCGCCUCUCCUUGGGGUGAUCCGCUGGAUCGGAAGGAUCAGUGGGAUAACGGAGCCGGUGGCAGGAAUCGAACUGGACCAGGAGCUGUCUGCAGGAACGGACGGCAGUUACCUCGGCGAGCGCCACUUUCGCUGUCCAGCGAAUAAGGGGCUGUUUGUCAAGCUGCGUAACUGCAGGAGGGACUCCAGGUUCCCCGCACCUGAAACUCCCAUCAACCAAGUGGAGCGAUGCAACUCUAUAGCCUUUGCAGAGUGGGGCAGUGAACGUGUGGAGGAACAUACGCCUCCUGUUGAAGGGGAUGAGGCCAGAGAGCUCUACCACGGCUGGAAGCGAGGCAUCCAGGGUCACCUCAACUCCUGCUAUUUGGACGCUACGCUGUUCAGCCUGUUCUCCUGCUGCAGUACGGCCGACUGGGUUAUGUUUUGGCCCUCGGACCCUAAGAUUGACCAGAAGUCCACUCAGGCUCAGGAUUUGCUGCGCUGUGAGAUUGUCAACCCACUGCGAAGGUUUGGCUACGUGUGUGCCAGUAAGACCAUGGCCCUGAGGCGACUACUGGAGGCUGCGAAUAGUAACACCGGCUUCACCAACCAGGAGAAGGAUCCUGAAGAGUUCCUCAACAAGCUUUUCCAGCUCCUCCAAGUCGAGCCACUCCUAAAGAUCAGAUCGAUGAGCCAGAAGCCCCAGCAGUGCCACCUCUACCAGCUCUUCCCACCCACACUUCCCCCCUCUGAGACCUCACCCUUACCCCACUCGCCUGUUGACUCCCCCGUUCCCCUUUUUUCACCAGCGCCCAAUCGGAUGCGUGUUGCCAGCGUCCAGGCCCUGCUGGAGUCUUCAUUCCUCCACGCUGGCCUUAAGUUUGUGGAGGCUCCCUCCUGCCUCUUGCUACUCAUGCCCAGGUUUGGGAAGGACUUUAAAAUGUUUGAUGCCAUCCUGCCAACCCUCAGCCUGGACAUCACAGACCUGGUGGAUGACACUUUAAGACAGUGCAGCAUCUGCCAAGCUGUGGCUGAGUGGGAAUGUCUGCAAUGUUUUGAAGAUCUAGACAUCACCCCUGGUCGUCUCAAACAGUACUGCAACACCUGUAACACACAGGUUCACAGUCACAAGAAGCGGACGUCCCACAGCCCUGUAAACAUUGGUGUUCCUGGAGGACCGUGGACCAUUCCGCUGCACUGCACACGCCAGAGAAUGUCUCUGUUCGCUGUGACUUGCAUUGAGACCAGCCACUACGUGAGCUUUGUCAAGCAUGGGCCACUCUCUACUGAUUGGCUGUUCUUUGACAGCAUGGCAGACCGGGAGGGUGGUGAGAACGGCUUCAACAUCCCCCAGGUGAAGGCAUGUCCUGAGGUGGGCCGGUACCUGAGCCUGUCGGAUGAGGAGCUGAGCAGGGUAGACCCUUGCUCUUUACGGGAGCACCCCCGCCGCCUGCUGUGUGACUCCUACAUGUGUCUGUACCACAGCCCAGAGCUCAGCUUGUACAAGUGAUGAAGAGACUCUCACAGACUGUCUUUGUCCUCAGGUUGUUACUACACCAGUGUCGGAUUAAACUUGUGCACUUUCAGAUUAAUGCAUAUGUAUAGUGGAAUAAUAAUGGCCGUGUUUUCAACUUGACCAAUUUGUCCAAUUAUUCCAGUAGCAUAUGAAAGCCCAGACACUGGCAGUGAAUUUUCACCUCAUUAUUAUUAUUAUGUAUAUAAGCAUUUGCAUUAUUCCCCAAACUCCUCUAUGAAAACAAACAAUGUCCUCUUUAAGUUACUGCCAUUAUUUUAUAUCAAAAAUCUGUUUCACACUGACAAAUAAUUUUACAGUUUGUAAAUGCAUCUAAUAUUUGUGCAGCAGACAACAGUGUUUAUGUCCAGAUAGAGUCUGAUGAUUAAAUAAGCAUAAGUCAUAAGAUACUCAAAGUAUUUACAUUAGAAUCAAUGCCAUUCAUGUAUUGUAUAUGUGAAUUGUAUAAUAUUGAGUCUAAUAAUUGUUUUUGUUUACAGUAGCAACAAAAAUAACAUGAUUGUAAAACCUUCUGUUUCCUCCUAAACCUCUUAGUAUAUUUUUGGCAGCCAGUAAUUACCUUGUUAAUACUGAGUAAUAACGAGGUGGAAGUGUUUGACAGGAUUCUUCAGAAUUCUAAGGAUUUGGUUAAAACCACUAAGCUCCUUCUUUGUGCUGAUAUUGCUACAUUUUUUUUGCAUAUUUUUUUCAGGUAUUCAGUAUACGUCUAUCCCUAAAGCAGAUAGAUCUACAUUCUACCAAUACCAUCAGUUAGGUAGUAUUACAUGUUUGUUGCAGCUGCUGCAACUUUGUGCUCGUAUUUUACUACUAGACCUGAAUCUAAUAAAAUACUAUUUCACUAGUUGCCUUACUAGGACUGAACAAAUCCCUCGGUAUGUGUAAUCAAAGCGUGACAUUCAGAAAUAAUUACGACAGUAACACACACUAUCCAAAGUGCCUAAUGACCAAGCAGCCUGUUGUUGUUAUUAUUAAUUAGCUUUGUACCACUUCCUGAUAGUGGGUCAUACUGAGCUUUAUAUCUCUGGCCUUAUAAUGUUCAGACUCUGGACAGAACCGCUGUGUCUGCAACAUCCAUAAAACGUUUAGUUCAGUUUGCACUGCUUCAUUAACAUGUCAGUAUGUGUGUGUGAGUGUAUACGUGUGAGAGCGUCACCUCGGACUCGCUGUGAAGACUGUGCCCAGAUGUUGAAAUAUAGAAAGUGUCCUACACAAUAAAAGUAUUGAUAUUCUUCUA